CUGAGGCGAUGGGCCAAGGCGGCCCCUGAGGCGACGGUUGGCGACGGUUGGCGACCAUCGCGACCAUCGCGACAUGGGCCCGUCCGUCCCCAGAGGCUGAGGGGAGCCCGACGCCAUCGAAGAGGAGCAGGAUGUACACAUUGCUGUCUGGGCUUUACAAGUACAUGUUCCGGAGGGAUGAAUACUGCAUCCUGAUCCUUGGUCUUGACAAUGCCGGAAAGACGACUUUCCUGGAGCAGACAAAAACCAGGUUUAAUAAGAACUACAAAGGGAUGAGUUUAUCCAAAAUCACCACCACAGUGGGUUUAAAUAUUGGCACCAUUGACGUUGGUAAAGCUCGACUUAUGUUCUGGGAUUUGGGAGGUCAAGAAGAAUUGCAGUCCCUCUGGGACAAGUACUAUGCGGAAUCCCACGGGGUCAUCUAUGUCAUUGAUUCUACAGACGAGGAGAGGCUUUCUGAGUCCAAGAGAGCAUUUGAGAAGAUGAUCACCAGCGAAACCCUGGAGGGUGUCCCCAUCCUGGUGCUGGCUAACAAGCAAGAUGUGGAGACCUGCCUAUCUAUUCCUGAUAUCAAGACAGCCUUCAGUGACUGCAUUAAUAAAAUUGGAAAGAGAGACUGCCUGACACAAUCCUGCUCUGCUCUCACGGGCAAAGGGGUGAACGAGGGCAUCGAAUGGAUGGUGAAGUGUGUGGUGCGGAACAUCCACCGGCCUCCGCGGCAGAAGGAUAUCACGUAACGUGGGGAAAGCCGCGACCCUCGGCUCAGACAACUGGUCUCCGGCACGGACUCUGCCCUCACCGUGGAAAAGGUUUCCGGAACUCCUGCGUCAACUGAUCCCUUUUGUUUUGUUCGGGGGUUUUUUUUGUUCAUUUGUUUGUUUUUAAGACAAGCUUUCUUUCUCUUUGUGUCAGAAGAAAUCUUGAGGGUUCUGACUUGGAGCUGGGGGAGUGCUCCCUGUGGCCGUGUGCGUGGAGCCCCCGGCCUGGGGGGGCAGGGGCAGGGGGCUUCCCCCGUCCUGGAGCUUAUUCCGCCCACCCCCCCACCUCCAAUAGUCCAAUAACUUCCAAUCAUGGCGGAGGGCUUAGUGACUUCUUGAAUCUCCGAGGAGUUGGUGGUGGGUUAGGGUUAUUGAGUUUUUAUAGUCCACUAAAAGUAGGCUGUAGAAGAGGAGUCUACCCAAACUGUGAUGGAAGGAGUUGAGUCCUCCCUGUGGGGUUGGCUAGGAUUCAGGUCGGGGUUGAUUCUCUCAAGCCAUGAGGCUACUUUUGGCCACCUGCUCUGCCCAGUCCACCUGGGCAGAUCUGUAUACUGGGUUUGUUUGAGUUCAUUCACGUGUACUGUUGGGUAAUGGGGAAUAUCUUUCUCCAGAGUCUUCUCCCCAGGAGUGACAGCCCCCCACCUCUAUCAUAGAUGACAUUUCCCUCCAACGAGAAUGGAGAGGAGGUUCCUUUUCAAGAAUCAGUGAAGGAGUUUUAUCUAGACCGUUUGAUUACUAUUGCAAAGAUCAGGGUGAGGUCUUGCCAGAGUCCUUUUAUGGGGUCUGGGAGAGGCUGCCGGUAAGAAACCUUUUGUGAACCCCUCAUGGUGCUUUCACAACUGUUUCCCAGGCAGGAAAUGCCUGCUGGUUUCCAGGAAUUCUCCCUGGAAUCUCCUGCUUCAAAGCAGGGUUGUGUGGAAUUGGGACAGCAGGUGUGAUGCCCACUGGGGAGAAAAUUUUGAGCGUGAGCAGGGACCCCAAGGACCCAAGAAGCCUCUGGGCAUGCUGAGGCUAGGGACGUCAGUGCAGAGUCUGGGACGUGGUCCAUCAGAUUUCAGCCUGAGAAUGGGCACACUGUAACUGCAAUCCAGACCCUCAACCAUAAAGAGACAUUUAAUCACAGAGCCACCCAUCGAGGUAGAGGCGGAGGAAGGAAGAAACAAGUAUUUCCUAGAAAAGCUGGUCUUGAAAACCCAUUCAAAAGCCACUCGAGUGUUUUUGUAUUUAGUGGCUUCUGUUAAGAGGCAUAACUCUGCCAAGCAGCACUGAUAUGCAUCCCAGGCUCUGUUGAUAAUCGGGCUCUCUCGCCCUCUAAUCAGGUUCUUUCUGUUUUUAAUUAUGAGCUUUCUCUUUUACUUGCAGUAGGAAUUGAUUUUCUGGGUGAUGUUUUGAUUCUGUAAUCUUGAAACUUGCUUCCUCCACCCCAUGUGGGGGUGGAUGAGUUCAACAGUAAAGGUCUGAAGAGCCAGCCACCCAUUUGAGAGUGCUUUGAUUUUUUUUCCCUCCAAGAGGAGUGGGCUAACCAUUUUGCUUGUUCCGAACUUGUGGAAUCAGUGGGAUGGGGGCCUCGGAGCAAAGGCCAGGGCUACUUUUUAGUGUCUGAGUAAUGCUUUUGUCAGCACUUUGUAUCCCUGAGAAUCAAAACCACUGGAAUUUUGGAAGUGGUGGCUUUAUUGAUUCUGGGAUGGGAUCAGCCACUCCAUGUUGCUGAUCAGGAUAUUGCAAAUGAGAGGGAGCUUAAGAGGCAAGAUAAAGGUCCCGUUUUUCUAUUGAACCAGCAGCAGUGGAGGGACAGAAGGCCCUUGUCGGUUCUGCUUCCCAUAAUGCGUGGCAACUCCAGAUGAAUAACAGUUUAAUGUCAGUGAUGGUGAAGUCUGGGGUUUGAUUACAUCUAGACUUUGCCCCCAUCUCUGCCUCAAUGGGCAGAAGGAAACAGGACAAGGAAGGAAAAGUUCCCUGUAUGAUGGGUUCUUUGCCCUGUAACAUAAAGGGUCUCAAAAUGGAGGGAGUCUUCCAGCAGGCUAAGAACUACUAGUGAAUUCCCCCAUGCCUUCCUGUUAAUUUUUCUAGUACAGCUAGGGCUAGCCACAAAGGAGUCUAGGGCAGAAUUAUUCCUCCUGGCAGCUUCCAGGAUUGUGCUCACCUCAUUCGUGCCAUUAUUUGGAAAAUGUUCAUGUAAUAAAGCAGAAAGGACUGUUUUGUUGGUU